GACUCCGACUUCGGUAUAAACAAAUCAACUCGCGAGCGGGCUGCGCUGCCAGGGUCCAGCUCGUUGAUGCGGAUGCCCUCCCUUCGUCGUUCCGAACAACACGGUGCCUCUUUUAUGCCCACGACAGGGUUGCAAGUAGCCUAAAUGGCUUCUGUCGAUUUAGGCACAGAUAGCGUUGAGCCUGACAACGAGGCUCGAGAGACCAACAGUAAUGUCUCCAAACCAACAAAGCGCCAACGAUGGGCAACACAACGAGUUGCCGGCUCAGGAGGAGCGCGGAAACGGGUCUCGAUAAUAGAUCGGCUGCACAAGCGCCCAAAUGUCGAAGAAGAGAAGCAGCAACCGGCUGCAGUUGAUCCGCCUCCUCCACUACCUCAGAGCCCGGUGAAUUCGACCGCUCCCAGUAAUAGAACGAUCUACUUCAACAUACCCAUCCCCGAGAACGAGAGAGAUGAAGAUGGACGCCCAAAGAUGGAAUACCCGAGGAACAAGAUUCGCACAGCCAAGUAUACGCCUUUAUCGUUUGUACCCAAAAAUCUUUGGUUCCAGUUCCAAAACAUUGCCAAUAUUUACUUUCUCUUCAUCAUUAUUCUUGGUUUCUUCUCCAUUUUUGGUGUCGCUUCUCCAGCGGUGAACACUGUUCCCUUGAUCGUUAUUGUCGUGCUCACGUCGCUCAAAGAUGCUAUUGAAGAUUUUCGCCGUACCAUCCUCGACAAUGAGCUGAACAACUCACCUGUAUACCGUCUGAUAGACUGGACCAACGUGAACUCGACUGAAGAUCAAAUCUCUAUGUGGCGCCGAUUCAAGAAGGCUUGCACCAGAGCUACCGUCACCACGUACAGGGCCACGAAGGCACUAUUUCAGCAGAAGAGUACCCCUCAACCGGCAAAGGAUAACCGCCGCGCAACUUUUAUGUCCACGAUAUCUCCGCGUGCUUCAUUCGCUUCCCAACGCGAAGAAGAUGCUAUCCAAAUGACCUCCGUUCAGAACUUUACCCCCGAUGCCCGACCAGACUGGCCUCUUCCGGCUGCAGAUGUCGACUAUCGAUCGAUGCCGGACAAAGCUGCCGGAUUCCAGGCCGUGGAACGGGACGCUUCUGCGACUCCUCCAAGGAAAGUUGGAAGCAUAGUCGAUAUGUCGAAGCAAACCUUAGGGAAAGCAAGAUUCAAGCGCGAUUUUUGGAAGAACAUUCAAGUCGGAGACUAUGUUCGAUUAUAUAACGGAGAUCAGGUUCCCGCUGAUAUCAUCUUACUAUCGACAUCCGACCCGGAUGGCGCUUGCUACGUGGAAACCAAAAGUUUAGACGGAGAGACCAACCUCAAAGUCCGACAGGCCCUGCACUGUGGCCGCCAAGUCAGACAUGCUCGAGAUUGCGAGAAGGCAGAAUUCGUGAUCGAUAGCGAGGCUCCACACCCCAAUCUCUAUGCCUACAACGGAGCUUUGCGUUGGGAUCAACGUGACCCCGACUAUCCCGAUGCGCCUCGACGGGAGAUGGUGGAGCCUGUGACGAUUAACAAUCUGCUUUUGCGUGGUUGCUCUCUCCGUAACACUGAGUGGGCUCUUGGUGUUGUUCUCUUCACUGGCGAGGAGACAAAGGUUAUGCUGAACUCGGGUGUCACCCCUUCUAAACGACCCAGACUCGCCAAAGAUCUCAAUUGGAAUGUUAUCUAUAACUUUGUUAUCUUGUUCGUCAUGUGCCUUAUUUGUGGAAUCGCCAACGGAGCUGCUUGGGGCUCAUCUCACAGGUCUCUAGAUUAUUUCGAUUUUGGAUCGUACGGAAGCACCCCUGCCGUUACUGGCUUUAUUACUUUCUGGGUCGCCUUGAUUCUAUUCCAGAACCUCGUUCCGAUCUCGCUCUACAUCUCACUGGAAAUCGUCCGCACCAUUCAAGCAGUUUUCAUUCAUAGCGACGUCUUCAUGUACUAUGAUAAACUGGGGAUUUCGUGCAUCCCGAAAUCCUGGAACAUCUCAGAUGAUGUUGGGCAGAUUGAGUACAUUUUCUCCGACAAGACGGGCACAUUGACCCAGAAUGUUAUGGAUUUCAAGAAAUGCACUAUCAAUGGUGUUUCUUACGGCGAAGCUUUCACAGAAGCUCAAGUGGGUAUUGUCCGGCGAGAAGGGGGCGAUGCCGAUGCAAUGGCCGCCAAUGCGCGAAAGAAGCUGGCCGCAGACACUGUUCGGAUGGUGGGCAUGCUUCGGAAAAUGUACGACAAUCCAUAUUUGCGCGACGAAAGCUUGACAUUCAUCUCGCCAGACUUUGUUGCAGAUCUGGAUGGUCACUCUGGCGAAGCCCAGAGGAAAGCAACAGAACAUUUUAUGCUCACUCUUGCAGUAUGCCACACGGUUAUCACCGAGCAAACUCCAGGAGAUCCUCCUCAAAUCGAGUUCCAAGCACAGUCCCCUGAUGAGGCUGCCUUGGUAGGUACAGCGAGAGACUGUGGCUUUACUGUGCUUGGAAGGUCAAAUGAUGACCUAAUCGUGAACGUUUUGGGCGAGGAAAGGACAUAUACUGUUCUAAAUACCCUGGAAUUCAAUUCCACGAGGAAGCGUAUGAGUGCGAUCAUUCGAAUGCCCGAUGGUAGUAUACGGCUCUUCUGCAAAGGUGCGGAUAGCAUUAUCUAUUCGCGCUUAGCGCCAGGCAAGCAACAGGAGCUGCGGAAACAAACUGCAAAGCACCUUGAGAUGUUUGCUAGCGAAGGUCUGCGUACUUUAUGUGUGGCGGAUCGUGAGCUCAGCGAAGAGGAAUAUUUGGCUUGGAGCAAAGAACAUGAUCUUGCCGCUGCCGCGCUUACUGAUCGCGAGGAAAAGCUCGAAGAAGUUGCAAGCAAUAUCGAGCAAGACCUCAUGCUUAUUGGCGGUACAGCAAUUGAGGACAGACUUCAGGAUGGUGUCCCAGACACGAUUUCUCUGCUUGCUGAAGCCGGAAUCAAGCUGUGGGUCUUGACUGGUGAUAAAGUUGAGACAGCCAUCAACAUUGGCUUCUCAUGCAACCUCUUGGACAAUGAUAUGGAGCUUAUCGUCUUUAACAUUCCCAGUGACCAACCGCAGCGGGCUUCGCAAGAGCUUGACAAACAACUGGAACGCUUCGGGAUGACUGGGUCGGACGAAGAAUUGAUUGCUGCGCGAGGCGAUCACAGGCCGCCCGCCCCCACGCAUGCCGUUGUCAUUGACGGCGAAACUCUCAAAUUAAUGCUCGAUGAAGAACUGAAGCAACGUUUCCUUUUGCUGUGCAAACAGUGCAAGUCCGUUCUUUGCUGUCGGGUGAGUCCUGCUCAGAAGGCAGCAGUUGUACGCAUGGUCAAAAAUGGCCUGGAUAUCAUGGCCCUUUCAAUUGGAGACGGUGCCAACGAUGUAGCCAUGAUCCAGGAGGCAGACGUCGGCGUCGGAAUUAUUGGUGAAGAAGGUCGGCAAGCUGCUAUGUCGUCUGACUAUGCCAUCGGGCAAUUUCGAUUUUUGCAACGUCUUGUCCUCGUUCAUGGCAGAUACUCAUAUCGCCGUAUGGCGGAGACAAUCGCAAAUUUCUUCUAUAAGAAUUUGGUCUGGACACUAGCGCUCUUUUGGUACUCGAUUUACAAUGAUUAUGACGGCUCGUACCUUUUCGACUACACUUACAUUGUUCUGGUCAACGUCGCCUUCACUUCACUUCCCGUGAUUCUGAUGGGCAUUUUCGAUCAGGAUGUCGAUGACAAGGUGUCAUUAGCCGUGCCUCAACUAUAUAUGAGAGGUAUUGAGCGAAAAGAGUGGUCGCAGCUCAAGUUCUGGCUAUAUAUGGCCGAUGGCUUGUAUCAGUCUAUCAUUUGCUUUUUCAUGCCAUACCUCCUAUAUAGUCCCGCAACAUUCGUGCACCAUAAUGGCUUGAAUAUCAACGAUCGAACGCGCAUGGGUGUCCUGGUUGGCACCAGCGCUGUUUUCGCGAGCAACGGCUACAUCCUAAUGAACUCCUACAGGUGGGAUUGGCUUACGGUCAUGAUCAACGGCAUAAGCUCCCUCCUUAUCUUUCUCUGGACUGGGAUUUACUCUUCACUUGAGGCUUCAACCACUUUCUUCCACGCCGGUCUGGAAGUUUACAGCGCGCUGUCAUUUUGGGUUGUCCUAUUACUCACUGUCAUGAUUUGCCUCCUGCCUCGCUUCGCUGUAAAGUCUUUCCAGAAGGUUUUCUUCCCACUUGAUGUGGAUAUCAUACGCGAGCAGGUGUCUCAAGGAAAGUUCAAAUUCCUUGACCAGUAUGAGGCUUAUGUCCCACCCCGAGCAGCUGAAAAAGCGGCAGCAGCUCGAGCUCUUGGCGACGAGUCCUCGACGUCUUCGGAUUUUGUGAAACCGAUACAGCCGACUGUGAAGCACGAUCCAUUUUCAGAUGAACAGCAGAUAUUUUCCCCGUCUUAUCCUCCAACUAUUCGCACCCACAAGUCACACAGCAAGAAUGGCAGUAGUGGAACGACCUAUGCCUCCAGCCUUGACACUACCCGACUACCUCAUCCACAGCCUGUGGACUAUGUUCAUUAUUCAUCAGAGCGAACACGACAUUCAUUUGACAGAGUUCCACCUACAUUUGAGGUGGACCAAGACUUCCAACAACCCGAAUUGUUGACGCGGGAAUCCUCAUAUCCCAGAGUACAAGAACCCGAUAGCCCUCUCAAAGGCCCUCAUGAUCCUCCAUUGCAUGCGAUUUGAUACCACACGCUUUACACCGUACAUAUAUCGACUUUUCUUCACCCUCGCUUCUUAUUUAUACAAAGGGCCCGACUUUAGGAGUCGCUCUCCUGCAACGGGCCUUUGUCGACCUUCCUGUCCAUAUAUUCAACCUGUUCUCCUUUUUUGUUGUCUGACGAGUAGAUUACCCCAUAUUCCACGAUAGAAGGCGUUUGGUACCACGGUUAAACGAUCCGGCGCAAUUGG